GACCGGUCGGCGGCAGCCAUUUUGUCCUGCGGUGGUUGGGUAUUUAGAGCGCAGUGUCCGUAGGCAGCGCACGUCAGUAGGCACCCAGCCGAGUGCCUGUGCUGCCACCGCUUCCUGCAUCCGACCCCUUCAGCUCGGCUUGUGCCCCGACCCCGUCCCAAAGCGGCCUCCGCAGUUUUGGCGCUGAGUAUUGUCUGUGGAGCCGGAGCCCCGAGGCAGAAGGAGACCGUCAGCUCCCCGCAGCCCGCAAGCACCGGCCCAGCACCGCCCAGCCAUGUCCGAAGACGCUCCCGCGUACGCCUCCUUCUUCGCCGUGAUGGGCGCCUCUGCCGCAAUGGUCUUCAGCGCUUUGGGAGCUGCUUAUGGAACAGCAAAGAGUGGCACAGGUAUUGCAGCCAUGUCUGUCAUGAGGCCUGAACUGAUCAUGAAGUCAAUCAUCCCUGUUGUCAUGGCGGGUAUUAUAGCUAUCUAUGGCCUGGUAGUGGCAGUCCUUAUUGCCAACUCCCUUGCACCUGGCAUCACACUAUUCAAGAGCUUCCUUCAGCUGGGUGCUGGCUUGAGUGUGGGCCUCAGUGGUCUGGCUGCUGGCUUUGCCAUUGGCAUUGUGGGUGAUGCAGGCGUACGGGGGACAGCGCAGCAGCCCAGGUUAUUCGUGGGAAUGAUCCUGAUCUUGAUCUUCGCUGAAGUCUUGGGUCUCUAUGGCCUCAUUGUUGCCCUGAUCCUUUCCACAAAGUAAACACCACAGAGUAUGAUGUAAAGAAUUAAACAAACAAACCCACAUUUAAAACAAACAAGCUCCAGAAUGAAAAUGGUCUCUCAACAAUGUGUACAGUUGUCUUAAUUUGGUAGUGGAUCUCUUGUAAAUGCGCAAUGAAUGUUAGUGACUUGUCUGUCCUGUGUAUACUUCAAUAUUAAACUGGAUGGGCUGCCCAAAACCUGCUUCAGGGUUUGGCAUGGCCUGUGUGCAACUUUCCACCCAUUUGCCAUUUAGAGUACUUUUAUGUAUAAAUAGGAACUAGAAAUGUAAUUUUUUUCUCUUCACUGGAUGUUUAUUUAUGAAAGACUUGACAUGUUCAUACAUUAUGGAGCAAGAAUUUUCAAUUUCCCAUGCUAUAUAAAUCAUAUAUGUAGAUUAUUGCACUGUGGGGUUAAUUGUAAGUGCAGAGAAUUCCUUGGAUGUAACUCAAUUCUAAAGAUUGCUAUAGUGUCCUGGUAUUGGAGUGUGAGAAUUGUUUUGUCUUUUACUUAUACAGCAAAUGUCCAACACUCCCAUGUUUCCAGUAGUAAAAUUUAUGCUCUGGCAUCAGUCGUGCACCCAGUGUUGGAUUUUGCAGUUAUACAAUGUUUCCAAAUAAAAACUUCCUCCACUACACUA